UGAUGUAAUGGUUUUGGCUAUUAAUAGGUUUUGGCGCAACUGAUGACAGAAAACGCUCAUCUCUUGCCCCCCGCCUGGGCUUAUAACGCACCGGCCUCCCCAUCCAACACUUUCGCGGUGCAGAGCAUUCCAACCAAAAUAGUCCGAAAGGAGAGUUUCUCCUCAAAUACUUCGAGUACUUCCAACUCAGCCACAGAACCGAAGGAAUUAGCAGAAAAGGCUGAGUUCGACAAACAAUUGCUGGAAAUAAGACUAAAACAACAGAAACAGGAAUCCGAAGAAGACUCGAAAUGGUUGGCCAAAGAGGAGAAGCAAUUACUGGCUUCAGUCAAACGAUUAUCAUUAUGUGAUUCCGUUGAACACAAUAAUUGUGAGCAACAGAGAUGUUCGCCCAUUAAUCCAGUCGUCGAAUACAGCGUGCCAUCAAAUCAUUCCAAAGUAUUGUCAAACGGGACCAACAAUUCCAGUACUUUGAGUACAUUAAGCAGUAUUUCCAACGCUUCCACACCAUUGGAGACGACGCCGACCGCCGAUCUCGACCGGACUCGCGAUGACGUCUACCACUACACCAUGAAUGUGGUCAAUGCAGUCAGAUAUCUAUUACAAGGGGUACAGGAGGCCCGGGUUGAGCAGUAUCUCGAAUUAGUUAAGGCGGUCGGCAUUGAGUUGAGGGGAUUGUUAGCCAGCGUUGACGCGCUUUUUACUACUCUACCCAUUUGGUCGCACCGGGAGAUCGAGAUGACUCACAAAGUGUUGAGCAAAGAUAUGGCCGGUUUGGUUCAGGCCAUGAAAUUAGCGCAACAAUACAGUGAAUACAGGAAAGCCAUGUUAGAGUCGGCACACAUUCUUGUGAUUAACUCGAAGAACUUGUUGGACACUAUAGAUCAGGUGAGGCAAAGAAUGGUCAGCAGUUUUGAUGUGAUGUCGACCCCAACCAACCGGUCAUUACUGACGGAAGGCAUCGAAGAAGAGUCCGAACCGACUGUCGAAAAGUCAUUGAGUGAAAACAAAGCUUUACGACUGAAAGACGAUUACGUGAUUUCGGCCACACUUUCAUUGACUCACAACUCAUUGACCGAAAAGAGCGACGAGAAUAAGGUUUUGUGGAAUUAUUUCGACGAAAAGGAGUACAUCUCGAGGGCUACUAUUCCUCCCAAUGGAGACGUUUACGCCAGAAAUAAGUUCAAUCAGAUGGCCAGCGAUCGGCUGCCCAGCAAUCGUAUCAUUCCCGACACCCGUAGCUAUCAAUGUUUGACCAAAGAGUACGACCAAAAGCUACUGUUCCCCACCAGUGUUGUCAUAACGUUCCACAACGAGGCCCGAUCCACACUUCUCAGGACUAUUGUGUCGGUUCUCAACAGAAGUCCCGAACAUUUAAUACGUGAAAUCAUUUUAGUCGACGAUUUCAGUGAUAAUCCUUCCGAUGGCGAAGAGCUCUCCAAAAUACAAAAGGUUCGCAACAUUCGCAACAACAAGAGAGAGGGUCUCAUGAGGUCGAGGGUCACGGGGGCCGACGCCGCCACCGCACCGGUACUAACUUUUUUGGACAGUCACUGCGAGUGUAAUACCGGUUGGUUGGAGCCGCUACUCGCCAGGGUUGGGGAGAACCCAAAUCUAGUCGUCUCACCAAUCAUUGAUGUCUUAAAUAUGGAUACCUUUCGAUAUAUCGCCGCCUCUUCCGACUUAAGGGGAGGUUUUGAUUGGAAUUUAGUGUUUAAGUGGGAAUACUUGCCCUCCGAGGUGAGGAAGAAUCGCCCUGAUCCUAUUUCACCGAUAAAGACACCAAUGAUCGCCGGCGGACUCUUCUCUGUGAAUAAGACUACAUUUGAUAGGUUAGGCAAAUACGACACCAAAAUGGAUAUAUGGGGUGGCGAGAAUUUAGAGAUUUCUUUUCGGGUUUGGCUCUGUGGUGGGGAACUGGAGAUAAUUCCGUGCAGUCGUGUGGGACAUGUGUUCAGAAAACAACACCCGUAUGUGUUUCCAGGCGGCAGUGGAACUGUUUUCGCCAGGAAUACCAGGAGAGCAGCUGAGGUUUGGAUGGAUGACUACAAAAAGCAUUAUUACGACUCAUAUCCGGCCGCAAAAUUCAUUGAUUUUGGGGAUAUAUCUGAGAGACUGGCGCUUAAAGAGAGUCUUCAUUGCAAACCAUUUAAAUGGUUUUUAGACAACGUUUACCCCGAACUCGCCGUUCCCUUCGAACCCGACCCCAAAGGAGCUUUCGUUCAGUCGGAUCACUGUUUGGACACUUUGGGACACAAUUUUGGCGAAUCGGUGGGCUUUUAUACAUGUCAUGGACAGGGAGCUAACCAGGAGUGGACGUUCACCAAAGAAGGCACUAUUGUUCACAACAAUAUGUGCAUUACUAUUACCGGUUCACAGGCUAAUACACCUGUUAUUCUUUCUCAAUGUAACGGCGCUGAUAAUCAAAAAUGGAGUCGAGUUUACAGCCAUCACAUCCAACACUUGACUGCAAAUCUAUGUAUGGACUCGAAUCGUCCGUCGAGUUGGUUGUCAUCAGUGAAGAGCAAACAAAUGGCCAACAGUGGACAAAAUGUGCAAAACUUUGACUAUUUUCUUGUACUGGACUUCGAGGCGACGUGUGAUCGACCCAAACAAGUGGAUCCCAUGGAGAUCAUUGAGUUCCCGGUGCUUAAAGUCAACGCAAACACAUUUCUAACCGAAGAAGUCUUUCACCGAUACGUGAGACCCAAACAUCACCCAAAUUUGACCCCUUUUUGCACUCAAUUAACGGGAAUUAUCGAUGAAAUGGUGGCCAACGAACAGACCUUCGAUGUGGUGCUCAACGACUUCAACCAUUGGUUACAUUCUGUUGGACUCAUAUGUGAUGAUCACUGGAGGCAUCUCAAGAAGUUCACAUUUGUCACGUGUGGGGAAUGGGAUCUGCAGCUUAUGCUUCCCAAUCAGUGUCAACUCGAUUCCCUGAGGAUUCCCCAGUAUAUGAAGACAUGGGUGAACGUGAAGAAGGCGUUCGCCAACUCAGAGGGCGUUUGGCCCAAGAGUAUGACAUAUAUGUUGGAAGCGCUCAAUAUUACACCCAAAGGGCGCCUCCACUCCGGGAUCGAUGACUGCCAUAACAUUGUCCUCAUUAUGAAAGCGUUGGCAGAGAAAGGAGUUGUCUUUAAGAAUACCAGUUCUGAGUGGUAGCCAUGACUCAUGAGAGCACCGGAACCAGUCAUUAAUACUCAUUGUUAUCUCAUUUAAAGCAUUG